AUGGCACAGCAAGAGGAAGAGGAUGGACCUGUAUACACAUUGGAUGAAGCACUUACAUCAGUUGGAAUUGGCAAAUUUCAGUAUAUGGUGAUGUGUUAUGCGGGUCUUGGUCAUAUUGCUGAAGCAGCUGAGACUAUGAUUCUGUCUUUUAUAGGACCUGCUCUAAGGUCCCAAUGGGAACUUUCUCCUACUCAAGAAAGCCUUAUGACUACUAUUGUUUUCGCUGGCAUGCUUGUCGGAGCUAUUUUCUGGGGCUUCGUCUCAGACACUUACGGAAGAAGGAAGGGUCUUCUAAGUAUAGCAAUAGUGACCGCACUAUCUGCAGCACUCAGUACCUUUUCUCCGAAUUAUAAUUGGUUGCUUGCCGUGCGUAUGAUGGUUGGAUUUGGAGUAAGUGGUGGACCUGUAUAUGGAUCUUGGUUUCUUGAAUUUGUGCCUUCGCAAAACAGAGGCAUGUGGACUAUUAUCUGUACAGGUUUUUGGACAAUUGGAACAAUUCUUGAGGCUUUAUUGGCACUGAUGAUUAUGCCAAGAUUGGGUUGGAGGUGGUUACUGGCUUUAUCAUCCAUGCCAUCAUUUGCAGCACUAUUGUUAUUUGUAUUUACAGUAGAAUCUCCUAGAUAUCUAUGUGCCGUAGGUAGAACAAAAGACGCAUGUGAUAUUUUGAAGAAAAUAGCUGUGGUCAAUAAGACGCAACUUCCCCCUAGAAAGCUUGUCUCUUCUCAACUCACUGAGGAAUUACUGUCUCCUGGGAAAAUCAAAGUCCCAAAUCUUAAAUCAGGCUUCUCAUCACUACUAAUGCUUUUGUCCCCCACAUUACUUAGAAAUACCCUCCUCAUAUGGGUGGUUUAUAUUGGUAAUUCCUUCUCAUAUUACGGCAUUAUAUUGCUGACCUCUCUGUUUAGCAGUGGACGAUGUCAACAUUCGUCAAUUGCUUUGAGCAUGAAAGAUGAUCAGAGCCUUUAUACAAAUGUGCUCAUCAAUAGUUUUGCAGAGAUCCCGGGAACUCUUUUAGCAGCUAUAAUGGUGGAGAAAGUUGGUCGAAAAUUAAGUAUGGCACUUACGUGUGCUUUAAACUUCCUAUUCCUUUUACCGCUUCUUACACCUGAACUACCUGCUUUGACUACUGCCUUGCUAUUUGGUGCCCGUACUUUCAUUUCGGGAAGCCUCGUCAUUGUGGGUGUCUAUUGUCGAGAGAUAUAUCCAACGUCUGUAAGGUCAACUGGUAUUGGAGUAGCAAGUUCUGUAGGAAGAAUAGGGGCCAUGCUUUCUCCUGUCGUUGCCGUGCAAUUGAUAAGAGGGUGCCAUCAAAUGGCUGCAAUCAUAGCUUUUGAAGCAGUUCUAGUUUUAUCAGCGGCCAGUAUUAUGCUCUUCUCACUAGAAACAAAGGGUAGGGAACUAAUUGAUACUCUUGUUGUCUAA